AUGGCCAGCCAAAGACAUGAGAGAGCUCACAGACUGAAGGAGGAGGUCAGCUGCAUGCUGGUUGGUGAUGGAGCUGUGGGGAAGACCAGCAUGAUCAUCAGUUACAUCUUCAAUGGAUACAGCAGCAAGUACUUGCAGACAGCAUUUGAUGUUUUCACUGGUGAGUUACAGUUGCACUGUAGAGUUUGAUGGCUUAUGAUCUUAGCAUAAAACUGAUGUCUGCUUCUUAAUUUUUAGGUUUGGUGCAUGUAAAUGGAUUUCCAACCCGAAUCAAGCUGAUUGACACUGCAGGACAGGUCAGUUUGCCAUGACACCUUAAGAUUUUCUUUAACAGAUUAGUUUUAAUUGCUCGCCCUUCAUUUCUGUCUUUUCUUUAAUUUUCCAGGAUGAGUUUGGCCAUCUCCGCUCUCUGUGCUACGCCCAUGUGGAUGUCUUCAUCCUCUGCUUCAGCUUGAUCAACCCUGUCUCCUUUAACAACAUUACCUCUAAAUGGAUCCCACAGAUCCGAGCAGGAAACCAAACCUCUCCCAUCAUUCUGGUAGGGACCCAGUCGGACCUUUGUCACAAUGUGGAAGUCCUCAUUUAUCUGGACCAGUUCAUGAGAGCCAAACCGGUACGCUCUAGCAGGGCCAGGAGGCUGGCACGCAGGAUCCGAGCUCAGGACUAUAUGGAGUGUUCAGCUCUAACACAACAUAACCUCAAAGCUGUGUUUGAUUCUGCAAUAACUGCUGCUAUCAGACACAAGCACACUGGUGGAGCAAAAUCUAAAGAGCUCAGCCCCCUGAAGCGCUUGAAGAGUUUUUGUGGUUCUGGAUGGAGGAAAAUCUUUUAUUUUAUCUGA